UUUCUCUUCUUUCUUUACCUUAUAUACGCGGCUUUAACCGUUUGCCUCGCGUUGCUCGUGUUAAAAAUAACGGCGUAAACGCGAUAAAACGAAUCGUUGUUUCAAAGUAUUACUUGAGAAGCGAAAGGUGUCCAAACAAAGCUUUUGCACGAUAUCUCUUUCGUCUGUUCUGGCAACCAAGCGACGAACAGCGAAUUCCGUAACAUUGGAUCUUUGCAAAAAUCGUAGAACUUUCAAAGGGUUAAACAACGCUUCUAUUCAUUAGCUGUUUCCGGCGGGAAGGACGCGAAGCGACAAAUUUCACCCUCGAAUUGGUUAAACGUACGGUUUUGUUUAGCGUGUCUUCUAAACGCGUUUCUAUAGCGUAUUCUCCGAUGUCUCGCGUGAAAUUCAACAGGUGCCAGUCACGAAUGUCCCUCUUCUCUCGUUCCUCGUACACCGUCGCGCCGUUGCACCGUGUUUUAUUCUGGAUUUUGCGCAACGCGAUAGUACAGACUAGGUAUUACGUGGUAAUUCGUUGCAAUGUAACUGCGAAAGAAAAAGCAAUCUAUACCGGUACACCGAAUUCGCGCGAUACUUUCUCCGAGUUACAACGCGAAUGCAACUGACCGAUUUCACUCUUAAUAUAAAUCCAUUUAAUCGCCUUUAUCGCGAUAGUUUCUAUGCCGAUUAGCAUUUGUAAUUACGAUAAUUAAAUCAUUUUUGAGAACGAAAUUGAUUAGAUUUAAUUCGACGGUAGAACGAGGCGGUACGACAGAUUAGUUGGUGAUAAUUCGAGAGCCAAUAUUGAUUUUGCGACAGACGAGAAAGGAUGUAACGCGAACACCGUAUGCCGUACACCGUUUACUAUACAGUACUAACUCCUGCUUCGAUGAAAGGACGAGGGAGGUCUGGAGAAGCGUCGUGGUCAACGACAGAGGAACCCUUUACUCCGGAAGAAGAGGAUGCGAUAGUGACGCUGGUAGUAGUCGUGAUCGGUGUAAUCGCCGCUAUAGUAAUACUGUUCUCCAUGGGAAUCUUCAUCGACUGCAAGCUUCAAAGGAAGAACGUUUUGAAGAAAAAGAAGUUGAAACUGAAGAUGCCUCCGUUGUCUCGCGCGAGGAAAGUUCAAAAGGAGGAUGCGAAAUCGUUAGCAUCGGACAUGUGUCCAAAUGGUUCCAGCGACGUUGGUUUCCGCGCAAGGGAUGCCAUAGUUUGACAUCGUCCACGAUACCGUGCAUUCUUCGGGCAAACGAGUCUGGGAACAUCGGUGAAUUUUAUCGAACUUCUUCGUCAAGUUGAAAGGAAGUGGUUUCUAGAUAACGUUCAAGAAACUGGGCAAACAAAGUGUUCGAACAUGGUUUUUGUAACGAUAACGCGAAAAGAAGCGGUACGGUAGUUCGCGUUAAUGGCCUCGACCCAAUAGCGAACACGAUCGCGACAUCGAUGAUUACACGACGAAACUAUAUGUAUAAACCGGUACAUCACGAACGUCAUCGCGAACAAUUUGUUCCCUUUUCUUUUCUCCUUUACCAGAGAUUAGCGCUGUUCGCGCGACCUCGAUUCACCUAUUCCUAUUCAUUCUACGAAUCGUUCGAAUUUCCCGAUUGUAUCGAUCGGAUAUCGUAUAUAUCGUUAAUCAGAAUAUUUCUUAUUUCUCAGGCAAUGGAAACGUACAGUAACACGAUCACGAACCUAAGCUUGAAUCUUUGUUCGAACAAUAAUUACGAACGUACGCGCAUAUAAUUACGCGCGUUUACGAGUCUGCGAAAACGGCUGUGUACGUACAUGUUUCGCCAAAUUCGCGACCACGACGACAAUUUCAACGUCUAGUCAUCGUACAUCGUCCUUGUAACGAUCAGCGAACGUUGGAACACCGUGUUAACAGAAAAGUAAUUGUAUCGUGAAUCCUUUGUCGAAAUUUGUUCGAUGCUAAGGAUAUUCGUGACACGAUUACAAACUUCGAAUAAAGGAAGUUCUGGAUGUUAAA